AUGGGGACAGGCUUCACGGUGGGUGAAGAUUUGAGCCGCCUUUCGAAGAUCACUGUGAAGACUGGCCGUGAACGUACCCAGGAGCGCUGGGUCGUGCGCGACGAGGAAGGGGAAGAGGCCAAGGACCCCAAGGAGCUGAUCAGCGAGGCCACAGAAUCAGCUCCGCGAGUCACAUCGGACGUAGGAACGAAUCAGAUCCGCCUGGCCGGGCCCGGAUCGGAUACCCCCUUCUACGAAACGGAUCGCCUCGGGAAGCUCCUCCAAGCGAUCUGGGGGUGUCCCACGGCGAGCUCCUCCUAUACACGAGCCACGCCAUGGUUGGUUGGCUUGGAAUACCUGUCGUAA